GCUGAGAAGACUAAUAGAUAAUAUACAUACUAGAAAAUCAACACCGAUGCAUAUUAUUAUAAUGUUAUUCACCAGUGUCCUCCAGACAGCCGCGUGGCUUGUGUGUUUUGAAGAUAAUAAGAUGCAGGUAUUUCCAUUUCUACUGGCAGCUGUAGUAAUGCUGGCCGACUCUACGGAUGUACUGCCUUCCUGUAGAAAGCGCGUUUACUGCAACAGCAAGCUUCUACACCUAAUGGAAAUAAAUAGGAUCUAUGCGGGUCCUAGGGAGUACAUCAAUCUGCGCAUGAAUUAUGAUGAAAACAAAACAUUAAAUGAUUUCGAGAAAUUACUCAACUCAAGUAACAACUACCUGUCUAAGGGUCAGUUGAUAAAAUUUGCUAACAAGUACUUCUCUAAUGACAGCGGAGUAGAACCGUGGGUGCCACCAGACUUCAACACUGAUCCUGAAUUCUUGAACGACAUAGAAGAUGAAACUUUAAGAGACUUUGCCAGAAGCAUUCACAACUCCUGGCCUCGGUCAGGCGUCAAAGUCAAAGAUGACGUUGUUCAAAACCCAGAUCGUUAUAGUUUAAUUCCUGUCACUCAUGGAUUCUUCGUUCCCGGAGGAGUGUUCCAGGAGAUGUAUUACUGGGAUUCUAAUUGGACUGUCAAAGGCCUGCUAAUAAGUGGAAUGCAAGAAACUGCAAAAGGAGUCAUUGAGAAUCUUUUCGAACUAGUAGAUAAGUUAGGACAUGUACCCGCUGCAAACAGAUGGUACUUUGAGAACAUCAGUCACCCACCAUUGUUGACGGAGAUGGUUGCUUCUUAUUACAGUUACACUAACGAUAUAGUAUUUCUCAGAAAAAAUAUUAAAUACUUGGAAAAAGAAAUCGAUUUUUGGUUCAAUAAACGAUCGGUUGACAUCGAAAAGGAUGGUAAAAAUUACAAAGUCUUUAGAUAUUUUGUUCCCAUUGCACAUCCGCGAUCCCACGCAUAUUAUUCUGAUACUGAGAUGACGGAAGAUUUAAGCGAACAAGAUGGCAAAGAAUUACUUUACGGUGUUUGGAGUGCAUUUGAGAGUGGGUGGGACUUCUCAUCGCGAUGGUUUAAAGAUCCUAGGGAUACCAGUGAAGCAACCCCUAGAACAGGCGCGCGUACCAUGCACAUCAUUCCUGUUGACUUGAACGCAAUCAUCGCUAAUGCUCUCCAGCACAUUGCAAACUUUUACACUGAUUUGAUGAAUACGCAAAAGGCACAAGCAUACGCACAGUCAGCGCAACGAAUGAAGGCCACCAUUCAGUCAGUGUUCUGGAAUGAAGAAGAUGGAAUAUGGUACGACUAUGAUCUUAGAAAAAAUACACAUCGAAAAUAUUUUUACACUUCAAAUUUCGCACCUCUGUGGCAGUCUGCUGUGGCAUCGGAUUUUGUGAAAGCUAAAGGGGAGAUGAUUAUAGAGUAUCUUAAGGAUUCCAAUGCUUUAGAUUAUGCUGGGGGAGUGCCUAAUUCAAUGAUAAAUUCUGGAGAACAAUGGGACCUCCCUAACUUAUUUCCUCCAUCUGUUAGUAUUAUGGUAAACGCUCUUGAAUCUAUAGAGACUGACGAAGCGAAGAAUAUGGCUUUUAAUAUUGCGGAAAAAUAUAUUAGGGCUUGUUACGUGAGCUUUAAGAAGUGCAAUUAUAUGUGUCACAAAUAUAAUGUAAAUAGAAUUGGUGAAUGUGGUAUUGGUGGUAAAUACCAAACACAGGUUGGUUUCGGCUGGACCAGCAGUUUGGCGUUAGAACUUUUAAUGAAAUAUAAUAAAAAUAUGAAUGCCAGCGAUUUUAUUGACCAGUUUACCAAUACAGAAUCAGAAGAUUUUCACUGCGAAAGCCCGAACAACAGCGUAGGAAUGGGAUUCGGAGUAAUCAACUGCAUUAUAACUUUUAUGAUAAGUUUAAAUAAUAUAUCAAACAUAGCAAUGUUCAAGGUAUGUUUGCCGCGGUACGUGCCGCUGUACCCGGUGCUCGGGCUGCUCGGUGCGUGCGCGCAAGCCAUUAACAUCGUCUCCGUCUGCAACUCCUCCAUCUACUGCGCUGGAGACCUCCUGCGCACGGUGCAGCUCGCCAGAAUAUUCCCUGACUCGAAGACUUUCGUCGACCUAAAACUCACACAUACGGAAAAUGUAACACUCGCCAAUUUUAAAAACCUUAUGAAACAAACGAGGAAUAAUCCAACUCGUGAACAAGUCUCGUCAUUUGUCGAUGCGAACUUUAUAGAAGGAGAUGAGCUGCUCAACUGGAACCCUCCAGAUUUUGAUCCCCAUCCCCCGAUCCUCGACCAGAUUGCUGACCCCAAGCUACAGCAGUUUGCUAAAGAUAUUAUCAGCAUUUGGCCAGACCUCGGCCGCAAAGUAUCUCCGGAUGUAGAUAAGAACUCGGAUCAAUACAGUUUUAUUUAUGUGCCCAACGGAUUUAUUGUUCCCGGUGGCAGGUUCAAAGAGUUAUACUAUUGGGACUCAUACUGGAUUAUACGGGGUCUCUUGAUUAGCAAUAUGACACAUACAGCGAAAGGGAUGAUCGAUAAUUUCUUAUAUCUUGUGGAUAAACUAGGCUACGUACCCAAUGGAAGCCGAAUUUAUUAUUUAGGUCGCAGCCAACCACCGCUCUUGACCCUGAUGGUCCGCGACUAUUACACCACAACGGGGGACGUCGCCUGGCUCGAGCAGAUUAUCGAAACAGUAGAAAGAGAGUUAUACUAUUGGUUGGAAAAGAAGAAGAUGACGGUGAAUGUGAAAGGUAAACAGUACAGGCUGUUGCGGUACAUUUCGGAUGAACAAGACAAAGGGCCUCGUCCCGAAUCGUAUUACGAAGAUUAUGCCAGCAGUCGAGUACUGUCGGAAGACAAGCGUGAAGAGUUUUACAAGGAAAUGAAGAGUGCGGCAGAGAGCGGCUGGGAUUUCUCAUCCAGGUGGUUUGUGAACGCAAAGAAUGUGACUACAGACAACUUGACCGACGUCCAUACAUCACGUAUUCUCCCCGUUGAUCUUAAUGCUAUGUUUGCUGGCGCCUUGCAAAUUAUGGGAGACCUUAGAUAUCAACUUAAGGAUAGACGUAGUGCUCAAAAAUGGUGGAGUUUGGCGAAAUACUGGAGAGUGGCGAUUGAGAACGUAUUGUGGGACCCGGAUGAUGGCGUUUGGUAUGAUUAUGAUACGACGGCAAAGUCACGAAAGAAGCAAUUUUACGCAAGCUGUGCUACUCCUCUGUGGGCGGACGCUGUGGAGACGUCGAGUGCACCAACAUACGCGUCCCGCGUGGUUACGUAUUUACAAUCAAAUAGUGCACUGAGCUUUCCCGGCGGUAUACCGACGUCGUUGUUGCACACUGGUGAGCAGUGGGACUUUCCCAACGCCUGGCCGCCUCUUCAGAGUAUCAUGAUCGGUGGUUUGGAAAAAAGCGGCCAUGACGAAGCGAAAGAGUUAGCAAGGGAACAAGUGGCGAUUUGGAUCCGUGCAAAUUAUAUAGGUUAUACUAAGUGGCAGAAGAUGUUUGAGAAGUACAGCUGUGUGCAGCCAGGGGACCAUGGGGGCGGCGGCGAGUACUCCGUGCAGUCAGGGUUCGGGUGGACCAAUGGAAUCGUGUUAGAGCUGUUACAGAGAUAUGGCAAGGAGUUGAGGUUAGAUGAUGGAGAUGGCGGUCUGCCGACCGUGAGAAUGGUGUAGCGAAAUCAUUUUGUAUCAAGAUAUAAAACCUAAGUUUAAGAACAAAUGGCAUGUCUCUCUGGUCUUGUUACUUAAUUAUUCAGUAAAGUGUUCAAUUACCCUUUGGCUCAGUGUCGUUUUUCGUGCUUUCAAUGAAAUCCUAGCCGGACCUGACAAUAGUAUGUCGUGUCGUAUCUAAAACGAAACGUGUUUUAGUGAAAUGUGAAACUAAUGUCGUAAAGGCUUGUCGUGUACUCAGUUCCAAUACUUACAUUUUCUAUUUUAAUAAGAUAUUUAUUUAUUUCAAACAUUUGUCAAUCUGCCCAUACGAUGUGCGAGUUUGUCUUACAAGUUUAUUAUCUAGACUAAUAAAUAAAAUUGGAAUGUCUGUUUGUAUUUUGUAAUAUCGAAAUAAUAGCUUUUUACUACAUGCAUAUGAAAAUACGUAGUACGAUACAUAUAACAUUUUUUGUGUGUUUGUUCCGGCUAAUCUCUGACGGGAGCUAUUUGCAGGUAGCUGACGUACUAAGGAGUAACUUAGGCUACUUUUAUUUAAAAAAAAUAGAGUCAUAAGUCCAUAAUCCACGCGAGUGAAGCUGCGGGCAUUAGUUAGUAUACAUAUACGACUUUACAUACGUACCGCUAAAAGUACCUAGAUAUAUCUUAUGACUUGACAGAAUAUUUAUUUAUUGAAAUAGGUACCUAUAGUGUUUAUACAAUUAGGUAGGUACAGUAUAAGAAUAUCGGUAAAGAAACUAACACAUUUGUAUAUUUUGUAAGAAGUAUAAAUUUUGUACUUAAGAUAUGUGCUAAAGUUAUGUUCACUAAUAAAUCAUAUUUUUGUAUACA